AUGACAAUGACAUUUCGAAAGUCAGGGAUGAUGUUGCUCUUGGAUUUCAGAUUCCUUUUGGAUCGUAUCAAGAUCUUCCCAUAUAUAGCAACAUUUAUUCUAUUGUUUUAUGGGUGCUCCUCUCAUGAGCGUCACGAGGAUGACGAUGUUCCGAACACAAUUGACCCGAAUCCGUGUGUGAACGAAAAACAUCUUUCGAGGAAGGAACUAUGA